AUGAGCGGCGGUGGCAGCGAGGCUGAAACCGCUGAGCUGGUCUUGUAUCGGCUCGAGGAAAUCGACGAGCUCCUCGCCGCUGUCAACAGCGACGAGGAUGACUCGCAAGCCGCCACCCUGGCGCAGUACCUGCGGGAUGGCCAGGAUCUGGAAAGUGCGUUGAGCCUGCAUGAGGAGCGGCUGCGCGGCUUUCGAGACACGUUCAUCCAGGCCCAUGCCAGCCAGGCGGAGAAGAUUGCGCAGCUCUAUCACGAGUUCAGCGCGUGCGAGCGACACAUCGUUGACUUCGAGGAGGAGAUUUUGACGUUUCAGCGCAAGCUCGAGGGCAGCGCAAAUGACAUUGUCUACAUGCAGCAGCAGGCAGACGCCUUGGCGCGAAAGGUGAGCAACCGGCGCCAGGUAAGCAACAAGAUCAACGAGGUCUACACCGCCCUUCAGAAGUGCGAUUCGUUCUGUGAUGUCAUUUCGAACAAGAGCGUUGACGCCAACUAUCUGGCCAACUUGCGCGAGCUGAAUCGCCGGCUGGAGUUUCUCUCCGGCAACAAAGCCCUCCAGUUUUCUGCCGUGGGCAACGAAAUUCGGCCAAAACUGACGGCCACCGCGCACAAGGCGGGCGAUAAGCUGCAGCGCUUUCUCACCAAGAAGAUUCUCGCGCUCGCCGAGGACCCAUCGCGCACCGCCGACGAGCAGCAGUCACUGGAGGAGAGCGCGCAAUUUGCGUUUCGCUUUCUUCAGCUCUAUAACCUACCGGUUGCGGUAGAUGUCACAAAGCUGUACAUCCGGUACAUGUCCCAGUCGUACGUAAAGCAGUUUCGCCUCUUGAUUGCCCAGCUCUCGGAGGUGUCGGCGGUGCACGCUGACCCGCUCGAGCCGCUGGUGUCGGCGGAGGAAGCGCGUGACAUAACGAGCAACCGUGACAUCAGCGCCCCGUCUGGCAACCAGGUAAACCCUGUCCCUGUGAACUUCCCGGGGCGAACGUUGGCGCGUCGCCAGCGGAGCGUGUCGCAGCACAUGCGCGGCUUCACCGGCUUCAUGUCCAACGGUGCGGCUGUCUCGAGGGCUGAGUCGCUUCGUCUCUUGCGCGCAGCUACCUUUGAGGACGCUGUAAAGGCGGUGAACGCGCUUCGGGUGCGUCACGGCAAGCUGCACGUUGACGACGCCGUGGCAGAACAGCUGGACGAGUGCAACAGCUGGACGUGGCAGUUUGUUCGCUGCUUCCAGACGCUGGUGAACACAUGCGAGUCUGAGUGCCGCUUCAUCGGCAACUUUUUCUGCGUGGCUGGCGACGUCGAGGGUGGUGAGGACUUCACGAGUGCGGAGCGGAUUGCCCGCGCGGUGCUGGGGAGCGCCGUGCACAGCGUGGAAUCUUCGAUCGUUGACGACCUGUCGAUCGUGAUGGAGCGCACCGAGGUGCUGGCGGCGUUGCGGGUGUUGGAGACGGUGAAGCAGCACCUCUGCACCUCGCUUGAUCCCAUCCCGCUCUUGUUACUGAGUGGCGUGCUAGAGAUGUCGAAGUCGGCGUUGCGCAACUCGCUGCGGACGGCCUUCGAGAAUGAUGGGCUCGCUUUGGCUUUCCUGCCGACGCUGAAGCUUUCUCCUUUCUACCGCGCCGCUGCCGAGAACAGCAGCUGGGCAGGCAUCCUUGGCAACAAGCCGUACUGCGCCACGUUGGGCCCUCACCCGGUGGUCUACCGCGUCUGCGGCGUACUUGGUCAGCUUGAGUACCUGAACACCGCGGCCGUGCGCGCCUCCGCGUUCACUGGUGGCACUGGUGUUGCCUUUGACCCAUCUGUCGCCACCUUCGUGAAGAACUGCCUCGCGCACAUGAUGGCGCUUGUCGAUCAGCUAAAGCGCCGCCACACGAGCCCGUUGGCUCAGCAGGUGUUUGCGUGCACCAACGUGUACACGGUGAUGGCGACGUGGCGGGAGCUGAUGUCGCUCAGCGGCGACGGUGAACCAAGCUCGCCAACUGCGUCUCGCUUAGCUUCUCCUGGAGCGAGGAACCGGAGCCCGAGUGGUGGACGCUCGCAUUUCGACACGGGCGAGUCGGAGCUGCCGAAUGUGUCACAGACAGAGGCUCCGGCUUCUGGCCGUGGUGCCGCUGCCAGCGGCAUUUCUUAUCACACGCAGUACCUGGAGGGCCAGCUGCAGAAUGCUAUUCAGGGGUGGGUGAGCGCCGAGCAGAAGAACGGCGAGGCAUCGUGGAAUCACCUUCUCGCGUUUGUCGACGAAGCGACCAAGGCGCUCGGCGAGGGUUUCUUCAGUUCCGCUAGUCAGCCACCACCUACUACGUGUUGCCAAAAUUCGACGUCGGCAGCUCAGCGGCCAUCCUCGCCGCCACCGGCCUCCGCACUGCCCGCAGAGCUGAGCGAAAGCGCCGCACUGAGGGUAGUCACGCAGCUCCACUCGCAAUGGCAUUCUCAAGCCAAGGCGGUCGCCGAGGUGGUGAGAAAGGCGGUGCAACAGUCACUGGGCCGCACUGUCAGCAAUGGUAGCGGUGACGGCACGACUGCCGGCUGCACGGCGGCCGCUGCUGCAGUCCGUCAGCGGCAGUGCGAUGAGCUGUCCACGCUUGUGAUGUGUGCCAUCUUUUCGACUCUGACGGAGUCCAAUCAAAAGCUGGCCGUCUUCGUGGCGCACUACUACAGCGGUAACCGAGAGCUACAGUUGAAUCUGGUCAGUAACGCGACGAUGCUCCACGAACUGUCCCAUUUACUGGAGUCGAGCUCGUAG